AUGGUUGGUUCGUGCAAUGGUUUGGUUUGUUUCUGUAUACCCCAUCAUAGAGUUAAUGAUCCUGUCUACAUCUGCAAUCCUAUCACUACGGAGUACAUUAACCUUCCGAGGUUGGAAAUUAAAUAUGGUGUCGUUAUUAGUGGAUUUGGAUACCAUUUUUCGAGUAACACCUACAAAGUUGUUCGUAUCCACUACACAGAUAGGUUCCGGACAUUUGAGCCAAUCACCAAAGGAUCUGUUGAGAUAUACACACUUGGGAGCGGCACAGGAUGGAGAAAUAUCGGUGAAAUCACCUAUAAAUUGUGCGACACAGGUGUUCUUGCAAAUGGAUCACUUUACUGGUUGGACUACGAGCAAAAAAGAAUCGUGGUUUUUCCUUUGGGAGAUGAACAUUUUCGAUGCCUCCCAACAAUACCACAAUGUUUGCGUGAUAGUGAGAAUGCAACGUAUCACGUCAAGGUGUUGGGAGGGGAUUUAUGUCUUGUUCAUGUAGAUGCGGGCAAGCAUGUACACAUAUGGUCAUAUAAAAAUAAGCAUAAGAGAAACGACAUCGAUAAUGAUAAAGAAGAGGGGUAUCAAUCUUUGAGUUGGACUUUGGAGUUUCGCAUUCCAUGCAUUGAUCCAGAUGGGAAAUACGAGCCAUUCGCCCUCACGAAGAAAAACGAGGUUCUAUUAUGGUUAAAUAGAACAUGUCUCUGUUGUUACGACAAAACAGAUGAUUGUUUAUACGAAAUUGUGGCAGAGGAUCGAAAUUUAAGUUUCGGGGCUUUUUAA